UGGCCAUGGCCAUACCACCCGUAGCCGGCACGGAAUGUGCUGUAUCUACGGACCGGUUUGUCAUAAUAUCACCGUCAUACAGUGAAUUGAAAUUUUUCGGUGUUGAUUCGAUUCCGACUGAGCGAGCGAAAUAUGCUCGCUGUUUCCGCUCGGAUGCAUAAUUAACAUAAAAGUGUUUGGUUGUACUAUUGCAGUACUUAUAAAUUUUACAAUUUGAUCAUAAAUGUAACAUUCUGAUUCUCAAUGUAAAGUCGUAAUCGUUUAGAAAUUCAGAAGUUUGUGUAUUUCAAUAAGUGGCUCUGAGGCAGCCAUUUUGUUUUUUAAUAUUUUGAAGACAAGAAAUUCGCGGAAAAACAUUAUUCUUGCAGUGUUGUUGAAAAAUUAAUGCAAAUUGUUUUGAAUGUGUUUUGUUUUGUAAGCUCUAUUUUGAUUGGUGGUACAUCUCGUUGGAAAAGCCGGAAAAGCGGUGUCAACUUUUGAAGGUUCCGAAAUCCGAAAGAUUUGUAGCAUUUUCAAAAGAUUUGUAUGGAAAAACAUUUACCACUAGCUGGAUGCUCCAUAAUAUAGAAUUAUCCAAUCUAAAAUCAUCUAAUUGAACAUAACCAGCAAGAAAAACAAUGAGAGUUAAAUAUGGCAACUAAAAUAGAGAAUGAUUUGCCUCCCUCACCAACCAAUGACGAGUCAGAUGGUGAGGAGGCUGUAGGGGACAACACAGACGAGGCUAACGACAGCGUAGCACGGAUACUCAAGCAGCUGCAGUCCAAUGGGGCACUGAUCAAGAAGCCCAAAGAGGAGUACCAUUGCUACACCUGCGAGGAGGACUUCCAGGCGCGCGGGCAGUUCCACCGACACCUGCUGCAGCACGUGUCCCUCCCGAGCAUCAUCCUCGAGAAGCUGCCCUCAGACGACGAGCUGGACCUCUCCGGGGACGAGCACUGGUCCGAUGAAGACGACCUACCGGACACGCCGGCCAAAGCGCCACAAAAAAUCGACGUCUCGCAACUACUCAAACAGAAGGGCAUACAGAUAAAAGCUCCAGUGACUCCGACCAAAACAGCUGAUUCAGCACUGAGUAAACUAAGUGGACUGGGAUUCACGAUAAAAAAGAAUGCUACCCCCAUCAAGCAGGAGAAGGCUGAUGAGAAGCCUGUCGGUAAGGACAUCAUGCAGAAACUCGGCAUGUUGGGCGGGAUCAAACUGAAGAUCAAGUCGGAUGGCGGCAAUUCUAACUUCAAAGUGGUUAAUGGGCUAAGAGAUUUCCAAACGUCAGACAAUGAAGAUGAGGAUGAGCCCAAAGACUCUGACGAGGAUCCGGACAAGGCGCAGGACGCGUCCGGCGGCGAGGGGUCAGGUGAUGAAGACGCCACACAGAAAACAAACAACAGGAAAAACUCAGAUAGUGACGACUCAAUUGACAAAAUACCUCUGGCCAACUCAAAGAGAAUACAAAUUAGCAACGCAAAGAACAACACUCACACAGAACUAGUGGAGCCUAAAGCUGAGCCGGCAGACCUGCCGAAACCAGGGCUGAUCCGAAGAGCUAUGAAGCAGACUCCCAAACGAGGCACGAAUAUACUGCCUGGGACGCAGAUCAGGCCACAGCAAGUGAGCGAGUCCCGCGCCGCGACCCCGCAGGCCCCCGCCCCAGCCCCGGCCCCCGUCGCACCCCCCGCGACCCCCGCCGCGGCUCCCGCGCCGCAAGACAUCGUUGUCAAACAAGAAGUGACUGACUCCGACCACACACAACCUUCCAAUGCCCCCCUAUUCUCGGGCCAGAUCAAAACGGAACGCUCAUCGCCACCCAUCACAGAUGUGAUAUCCACACCGCUCAUAUCCAGAGUGAAAAGCGAGUCGGAAACGGAGCCAGUCACGCCUAAUGCCGCUCAGCCGCUGUUCACUAACAACACGCCGGCCGCGCCGCUGCUCCCUAAGACGGAAAGCUCCAGCGUCACCAUCAUAGAGAUCAACGGCGAUUCCAACGACGAGGACGACGACUGCUGCGUGGUGUCGUCCACGCCCGCGCCGGAUAUCAAACCCACCAUCAUACCAAAGACGGAGAACACUCCCUACUCCACGUCGUCGUACCCCACGCUGCACUCCACGCUCACCGCCGCCGCGCCCGCCGCCGGCAGACCGCUCGCCACCACGGAGAAGCAACACAGCUUCAACUGGAACGCGCCCGACACGAAGCCGCCCAUAGACAUGCUCGAGCGCAGCGCCGACGACAUCUUCGAGAGCCUUCUCUCGUCCACGAAGAAGGAGGGGGGAUCCCUGUCGGAUACCAGUGAGUACAUCUCGCUGGACCGGCUCGGGUCGCAGCACGCGUGCGACGUGUGCAACUCGCGCUACACGACGGCGGGCGCGCUGGACGACCACAUCCGCGCCACCGGCCACUCCGCCAGCGUGGUGCUGCCCUCCGCGCCCUACGCCGGCGCGCUCGUGCCCGCCUCCUCCUCGCUGCUGACCAGCCUGCUGCCCGUCAAGCAGCUCGCCGAGCAGGUGGGCAAGCUGUCCGCCAUCGGCCCCGGCGCCAGCCCCUACGCCACGCACCAGCAGAACGUCAUGAUCAACAUCCAGGCGUACCCCGGCGCCGGCGGCAUGCCCCCCCCCGCCUACCCCUCCUCCUACCCGCAGCAGGGAUACCCCCCCGGCGGCGGCAUGUACCAGCAGCAGCAGUACCCGCCGCAGUACAUGAACCAGCAGCAGCAGCAGUACGCGCAGUACCAGCCGCCCAUGUCCAAGGCGGGCUACCCCGGCGCCGCGCCCGGCCCCUACGUGAGCGUGGCCUCGUCCUCGCCCUACUCCGCCGCGUCGCCGCUGCAGGGCAUGCAGCAGGCGGUGUACGGGCAGGCGCCCAUGAUGAGCCAGCCGCCGCAGAUGGGGAUGGUAGGUCAGAUGGGGCCCCCGAGCGCGCCCUCCCCGGGCAACCCGUACGCGCAGGCGACCAGCCCGGGCGGGGCCAUGCGCCCGCCGCCGCCGCCCGGGCCCAGCGCCAGCGGCAUCCGCAUACAGAACGUGCAGACCUUCUCCCCCGGCCAGCUGGGGGCGCCCGGGGGGCCCGCGGCCGUGGGCGCGCCACGGGGGGCGGGGCCGCGACCCCGCGCGCCCGGCGUGCGCGGCGCGCGGCCCACCAUCCGGCCCGGCAUCCAGGUGCAGGGGCAGGCGCGCGGCCCGCGCCCCGCCGCCCCGCGCGCGCCCCUCAAGCGGCCGGGCGGCGGCGCGGGCGGCCCGCAGCAGAAGCGCCGCGACAUGCUGCUGCCCGGCAAGCACGACAACGAGGACUGCCACGUCAUGGCCAUGCAGAAGCAGCGCGAGGGCAUGCCGCUCAUCCACAGCGUGCAGGGCGCCAAGGACAAGCUGAGCCUCGGCAGCCAGAUCUCCAUCACGAAGAAGUCGGUGCCGAAGCCGUCCAACGCCAUGGCGCACAUGCUGGCGUCGCGCGGCAUCAGCAUCAAGCAGAAGCCGCGCAGCCGCUCGCCGUCGCCCGAGCGGCCCGCGCCGCGCCUGCCCUCGCUGCCCGCCGGCAUGAGCAUCCGCCACGCGCCGCGCGCCAGCUCCUUCAGCAUCCCCGAGGCGGGCGGCGGCCUGCACUCGUGCAAGCUCUGCCGCAAGUCCUUCAUGAGCGCCGCGUCGCUGUCGGCGCACGCGCAGGCCGCGCACCCGCAGAGCAAGCUGCCCGUGUUCAAGUGCGACGAGUGCCCCGCCUCCUACCCCAAGUCGCUGCAGCUGCAGCACCACAAGCGCACGUUCCACAACGUGACCGGCCCCAACCGCGAGCUGGGCCUGCCCGUGGUGGACCUGUCGCAGCCCGACAACGUGCAGCGACUCAGUAAUUUAGGUAUUUACCACUAUAUUCCGCUGGCGAGCCGCGAGAACGCGGACGGCAGCUACGGCAUCCCGGUGGUGUCGGUCAGCAACAUGCACAACGGGCUGGCCACCAGCAUCCAGGCGCUGGGCGCCGACGGGCUGCUGAGCCUCGGCCCGCUCAAGCAAGCGUAGCUCUCGUGUUCCUAGGUUGUGGUUGUAGACACUCUGGUGUUGCUGAUGAUUUUGGUUUAUAUCCAGUCAAUUCGGUCUUCAAAGUCCGCCUUGACAAUUAAAUUGUAGCUUAUUAAAAUAAUUUAAGUAAAUGCUAAUGCGCCCUCUCACAGAAUGAAUGAAUAAUAAUGCAAUGUAUGAUUUCUAGUUUUAAGAAAGAGUUGUGUUGUAUUACUAAUAUAAGUAAGUCUAAAUGUGUGUGCCCAAUGUUACAGUGGCUACAUUAUUAAGCAUGAACUCAAAGACCUUGGCAGGUACUUAGUUGCGUAUUUAUGUAUUAAUUCAACAUUAUCGAAUGUUGCCAGUUUGACUGAUAGCAUUAUUAUUUCCAAUAUAUAAGCUAUAUUUUUUUGUACGAAAUUGUGAUAUUAAAUUGUAUACUAAAUGAUUUGAUUAGGUUUAAGUGCAAUAGAAAUUCAAAAUAUGAUAAAAACUGUUUAGUUUAAAAACAUGAAAAAUCUCGAAGUCUCCAUUUUGUAAUACUUUAGAAAUAAAGUAUUAAAUUACCAUAGGGAACGACUUUAUAAGAAAUUAAAACAGGUUUAAUGUUUCUUUAAUAUCAAUAGAGUUCUAAUUAUAUUUUCGCACAGAAUAAAUUAAGUAGGUAUUCAGUUAUUGUUUUUUUAUAGUUUCUAUUUUGCUCUGUAAAAUAAUGCUCUUGUAACUUUAAGAAAAGCGGUUCUAUCUAAAAUGUUAUAAGUACUAUUUAUAACGUAAGUACUAAGUAAUGUCGUAAAAAUACAUAUUUUUAAGUAGGGACCUAAUGUAAAAAGUUUAUAUAAGAAAUACAAAUACCUACAGUAAUUUGACUACUGAAUGAUCUUAUAAUUAUCUAUAAGUAAUUAAUUCUCAAUUUAGACUUACCCUAUGUUAUGAAGUAUUUACCAAAAUUGUAUUGAAAUGUGAAGGAUUCAGUGGUCGAAUUAUUUGUACUCAUAAGUAAAAGUUUAUUUCAGAAAUAUAAAGAUUUACCGUAA